CGAAACGAUCCGCUCUCCCGCAUCGCGGUGCACCGAGAAUAUCAGAGGGAUUCAUGCCGCCGAUGGCCGGCGCCAAGACCGUCGCUGAGACCAGCAAGUCGUUCUGCAUCGACGCGCUGCUGGCCCGCAGCUCGCCGGCGGGGGACUCCUGCGACCGCUGCCCGGUGGCCUCACCGCGGCAGGGGCCCGUCCCCCUCGCCGGGAUUCCCCUGGCUGCCCUGCCAGUGUUCUCGCCUCAUCCGCUCUAUCAGUAUCAUCAUCCUCACCACACGCAGCUGCACCCACCCCAGUCGGCUGGUUUUCCUGUCAUGACCAGUGCGUUCCACCAGCCGCUGACCGAACAGGCGGCCGCAGCUGCGGCUGGACUCAAAUCUGGACAUUUCGAGUGGCUGGCGCGCACCGGCAUGUUCUACCCGAGAUCUGGAGACGGAGGAGACGAUCUCUUUUUUCCAGGGCAGGGUCAGCCUAACGUCCUCGGCAAGACCCGCAGACCUAGGACGGCGUUCACGAGCCAGCAGCUCCUGGAGCUCGAGAACCAGUUCCGCAUGAACAAGUACUUGUCCAGGCCCAAGAGAUUCGAAGUGGCCACCAACCUCAUGCUCACCGAAACGCAGGUGAAAAUCUGGUUCCAAAAUAGACGAAUGAAAUGGAAAAGAAGUAAAAAGGCCCAACAAGAAUCUAAAACCCGACUAGAAUCCGAAUCAACAAACAACAAAAACUCUUCCAGUCGGCCGUCCGAAGGGGUCAUCGCUAUGGACCACGGAAAGCGGGCAACUUCUGACGAAGAAGAAGAGCAGGACAUACCAUCAUCUCCCUACUGCGAUUCCUCUGACAGGAUUCUGAACUCUGACCACCUUGCUGUCGGAAUCUGCCAUGCGCAAAUGGACAUAAAUGGCGAGUGUAGUGACACAAGCUCGCAUGGACCUUGUCCCUCACCCAAAGACACAAUCUACAGGCCAUACAUUGGCUAGCGUCCGCCAUGACUAUCUCAUUGUGAUCGGGUAUCCUGCAGGUCAUCUCUUCCUCAGUUUGACCAUCUGAUCGUUCUAGAACUUCUGGCUGGAACGAUGUCUCUAGAGGGUCGUGUCAUAAAUCGGAACAAUCUUCUAUGGUCCGUGUUUUGUAUUGAAGAAUGGGAUAGAAUGUAUCUUAACUGAGAAAUUAAUAGUUAUUUCAUUGAAAAUGAGGAAUAUUCUAGAACAAACGAUCAAACUGAUAAGAAGAACUCUCUUAUUUAAGUUCCAUACUCGAAGAACUUUCUGGAACUCAAGCAUAAAUUGUAAACAAGGAAUUUCUAUAGUCUUUUUGUUGCAAUGGAAGAGUAUUCUAGAACUGUGUUGUGAUCAAAAGAAUCUUCUAGAAUGUUCGAACACUAAACCGCAUAUAACAGUUUCGAAAGCAUUCAGUGUUAUUUUUUUAUUUUUCAAGUAAGUUGAAAAUAUGUCAUUUGAAAGGACGAAUGGUCGAAGAUUAUUUUCGAACACUGAUUAUUAACCACAAACCUUUUAAUACUUUAGAAUGUUUAAAAGUAAGCGAGGCACGAAUCAUAGUUAAUAUAAAAAAAAUAUAAUAUAAUGCAAAUUAAAAAAAAAUUACUAAGAUUAAAUCAUUAUCUAGAAAAGAGCUUCUUAAACUGCGAGUCACUAUUCGAAAAAGAUAAAUUUCUUUUGUGUUCUAUAGAAUUUGCAAAUAAAAUUAGUAGGAAAAAAAUGAGUCACAAUAAUCAAAGAGAAAUAAUUUUAGGUUCCUAAAUUACUUUAAAAUUUAUUUCCUUGGAUUCAUAAUUAAAUUUUAUUUCGUCUUCUUAUUUUCGAAAUUUUAGAUCGCAAAUUUUUUUUUCUGGUCAAAAGUUAUUCCGAUAGCAAACGAUUUAUAAAGCCAUAGUCUAAAAGACUCACAACUUUCAAAACAAAAGAUAUUGAUACGAAAGUUUUAAUUAUAAAAAUAUAUUUAGAAUAUUCCUUGGUAAAUUUAAAAAUUAUUAUCUGCAAAUUAUUUUAGCUGAAAAAUAAUCGGCAUUUGCAUUGCUUUGUAUAUUCAUUAGAAACAUUUAAAAUGUCACUCACUUGAGAAGCUACCUUCAAAUAUUAGAAAUAUUUUUAUUAAAAUAAAAAAAAAAAACUUGUAUAUCACAUAGUUAUAAAGGAAAAAUAUUCUUAAAUUAUGGAAAAAAAUGAUUAAAAAACUAUUAUUUGUCUAAAAAUUGGGUCGAAAUAUCAGAAUUAAUCUGGUUCUAUAUACUUGAGAUCUUUCGGUAUUUCCAAUAAGAAUAAUCAUAAAAAA